AUGCGAGAUUACCAGGACCUUCAUAACGUCAAGAUGUCACUUGAGAUUGAAAUAAACCAUCCUAGAAGGAAAUUGAUUGAGGGAGAGGAAGACAGUCGUCUGAGCUCAUGGUACCAUAACUUGUCCAGAAAUGGAAAACUGCCCAUCUCUGCCAUUCAGCAGCAGCCAACAUUCUCCUCCGCCUGCGUCCUGCUCCACGACAGAGGAGCCCGGAAAGCCCGCAGUGAAAGUUGA